AACCAGCUCCCCACGAGGGAGUCACAGUCAGUCAAGUGGAUAUGCGAGUAGUCAGUUUUUAUGUAGACUGCGCGGUGAAUGUUUCGUUAUUGUUGUUGACGCGUACGUCUAUUUCAAUAUUUAUUUUAUUUAUGAAAAUUGACGAGAUCAUGUGACAAAAAAAAACCCAACAACAACAAAGAAACAACCAAGUGUUGUUAUUGUUUGGGGGGAAAAAGACAGCUGCUAUCAUCGUCGCGAUUGACCGGUCAACAAAAUUGUUGCCUCUGAAACGCGACGGCAAUAUGUUUUCGUCUUUCGACAACUCUGGCACAAGCAACACUCUCAUUUCCAGCAAUGGAUACUUUGCAAACGGUUAAAAUUUUAAUUCUACACUGGCCUUGAAAAUAGGUAUUAGGAAUGAGGGUGGUUUGGGGCCCAUGGUGGUUGAUCUUGGCCGGACUGUUGGUUAUCGGAGAGACAUCAAAUAUAACGAGGAACCCAUUACCCAGAUCGCGUAUUCUCGAGAAAAGAAAUAUUGUAUGUCCAGCUGGUUGCAAAUGCGAAAAUCAAGGAUGGCGACUCUAUUGCGAGGAUCGCAAUUUCAUGGGUCUCGAAUUAUUUCCAAAUGUUCGAGAUUUGAUUCUGAAGGAUGUACGUGUAUCAACGAUACCAGCUGCUCCUUUAAAAUUCACUCUAGACCUUCGCUAUCUAUCAUGGACACGAAGUGCAAUAAAAGCAAUAGAACCCGAUGCAUUUCAAAGUAUCGAGAAAUUAGAAAAUUUAAACUUAGGUGACAAUCGCUUAUCAGACUUUCCCAUAAAUAUUUUUCACACACUACAUUUUCUUCGCAUUCUCAAUUUAACUGGCAAUCAUUUUGUCAGCCUACAUCGAACCUGGUUUCAAAAUCUCGAUCUCCUCGAAGAGGUUCAUUUAGCUGACAAUAAAUUAGCCGUGAUACCAUAUCAAGUAUUCGAGCCAGCCUGGUCAUUACGCGUCAUUGAUCUCUCCGGCAAUAAAUUAGUAUCCCUGCCUGAUCACAGUUUCUGGCCAAAUAAACAUUUACAGGAACUCGAUCUCUCAUCAAAUCGACUCAAAAGACUACCAUCGCGUCUCUUUUCGGGUCUCUCGAAUCUUCGAAUUCUAGGAUUAGCAAACAAUGAAAUUGACGUCCUACCAAGAGGUUUCUUUGCCGAAUUAAAGAAUCUCGAACAACUUGAUUUAUCAGGCAAUCCAAUAAAUCGUCUCAUCGAUAUCACCUUCCAGGGUUUGACAAAUCUCCAGGGACUAAGUUUGAGUCGUACACAAGUCAAUAAAUUUCCACCCGAUGUUUGGAAACCCUUGUCAACAUUGAGAACACUAUUAAUAGAAGACAAUAAAAUUGAAAUCAUCAAUAAUGGAGAUUUGUUUAAUUUAAAAAAUUUGGAAUUUCUCAAAAUGACAAAUGGUCCCCUACGUGAAAUUGGUCUAAGAUCAUUGGAUGAUGCGCCCAAUUUAAGAAAAAUUGAUCUUCGCGAUAAUGAUCUCACUUUUUUACCAGCAAAUUUAGCGAGUCUGACGAAACUCGAGGAAUUACAAUUACAAGGCAAUCCAUGGGCGUGUGAUUGUCGAAUGUUUUGGUUUGUUCGUUGGGCUGAGAAUCAUGCACAUAGAACGGCAUUUGAUUCGGGAUUGAGAUGUGGUCAUGAAACGGCAACAAUUGAUACAAUUCAAGCUCUGCGUUAUUUAAAUUGUACACCACCAACACUUUGGCGAACAUCUGGCAAGGAACUUCAUAUUCUUCGUAAUCCAGUUCUACUUGAAUGUGAAUUUAAUGGAAAUCCAGCGCCUGCCUUAACAUGGGUCACACCAAAAUUAAUUACAUUUCAUUGGAAUCCCGAUCCUGCAUUUCCUGACACGUUCGUUCAACAUCCACAAGCGCAUCUUGUUAAUGAACCAGAUAAACCAUUUACAAAUGAUAGAAUACGCUUACUUGAAAAUGGCUCACUCUACAUUAGUCAUUUGCUCAGAGAGGACGUUGGACUUUAUAAAUGUUUUGCAAUGAAUCCAAUAGCCAAUUCAACUACUUAUGUUACUCUUCAUAUGGAUCCAGUUACUUAUUACAAUAUUAAAAUUCUCAGUAUCAUUGUGGGUGCUGUGAGCGCAGCUGGAUUUCUCCUUCUAACAAUAUUCGUACAAUUUUUAAGACAUCUAUUUUUCAAGUGCGGUUUGGCAAAAUGGUGUCUUUGCUGUAGGCACGUGGGUGCAACACCACGCGCAAAACAGAUUUAUCAGAUGCUGGACAAUAUUGAAAAUUACAAGAGUCAGCAACUUGAGAGGUUACGAGAGAAUUAUACCCAACAAGUGCACAGAAUUAAGGACAAUUGCGCUCAGCAGGUGGAAUGGAUCAGAGAGAGUUAUGAGGGUCAAAUGCGUCACAUACGUGAUAUUCGGGAUUAUGGACAAAGUCACCUAACAACACUACGUGAUCAAUAUUACGAACAGGUGAAACGUGUGCGUGACUAUUCAACAGGUCAAUUGAAUUGGGUGCGUGAAAAUUAUGUCUUCCAACGAAACAAGAUAAGGAAAUUUAGUGCUCAUCAAGUGCUUCGUUUGCGUGAGAGUUGUAAAUAUCAACAACAAACAUUAAAUAAAGUUCUCGAGAAUUUGCCAAAUCUUUAUUUUGACAAUUGUCGAAGUGGUUCAUGUGGCAAAAGUGAAUCAGCAGUAUUUGAUCCGAAAAAUAUUAAUUCCGCCGAUCUUGAUAUUUAUUUUAAAGCAAAACUUGAAGAUCUCGCGGCUGGUGGUAGUCUCGAGGAUGUUAACAGCGAAUAUUAUACACCAACAGAAUUAUCAUCGUCAAGUCCACGAGGACAAUUUUUCCUUGAGGAUAUUCACAUCAAUUAUAUUGAAAAUGGACCACCACCACCACUCGAUCCACCGAUAGGAUCAUCAAAAUUAUUUCUUCAUUGUAUCGAAGAAUUUGGUAGUACAACGACAAUUGAUCAAGGUUCCGAAUAUGAUCGACCAAUGUUUCGUGGUGCAAGUGCUGAAUUUCUCGCCAAAGAAAUUAAAUCAACACCUGAAGUUUUGAGUCUCCUUGCACCGAGCACGAGCCUUCCUGAUCUACCGCGGGAGACAACACUCUAGUCUAGACACAUCAAAUAAUCUCCAUUAAAAAAACAAUUUAAUAUUUUAUGCAAUUACUUCGGGUUUUUUUUAUUUUUAUUUUUGUGGAAAGAAGAAUCAAGAAGUGUGACAGUGGCAAGUGUUUUAUGAUAAAACACGUGCAUUGUGUGCUUCCUUGCGAGUGUCAGAUCCUCAACUCCUUUCUCUAUUUUUUUGAUAAGUACCUGAGAGAAGUGUACAAAAAAAAUGGGAGCGUUGUGCCAAGAAAACAAUCAUCGACAGUGUGUUUGUGUGUAUUUUAAAAGAAGAAAAAGAUUACGGUCAGGUUUCAAUGAAAUAAAAUCUUUGAUAUUUGUCCGCUAAUUCAAAAAAAGGAAGACUUCAUGAAAGAGAGAACAAGAAUUACAAGAGACAUCCCUCCGGCAACUAAUUAUAUAUAAAUUAAAAAAAGACCUUUUUUCCUCACGCAUGUGUGUCAAUUUCGCGAGAUCGAUGUUUCCUAAAUCAAAUUUUACUUCUAUAGAGAAUUUAAAAAUGAACUUCUCUGAUGACUGCGUGCAAGGGGCGUGAUUGAAGACUGACUUUUAUUUGUUUCGCAUCAAUUCCAAACAAUGCGAAUCUUCCUAAAUAACAAUGCUUUUUUUUCUCUCUAUCAUAUUUCAAAUAUAUACAUAAUAAAAAAAAAGCGAGUGCUAAGAAAGUUCUCUCUUCACCUCAGGACUCUCGUUAAACGAGAUUAUUACUCUCUUAACUUAGUGCUUUUAAGAUUGUUUGAGAAUUGAAGAAAUAUAUUUGAUUAUUAAUAAUCAUUAAAAUAAUAAUAAUAAUAAUUACGAAUUGAAAAAGACUAAAAACAAAUAUUAAAAAUUUUAACAAACGGCAAAUGUACGUAAAGUCAGUUACAAAAAAUCUUUUCAGAAAUAAUCUAUUGAACUGAAGAGAUUUAGAGAAAAUAAAGAUUUUAUCAGAAAUUCUAAAAA